AUGCUUAGGCUGGUAUCACGGGAUGGCGGGAGCCCACGUUGCCCCGAGCAUCUUGGGGUGGCGGCCCGUCACGACGGCCGACUUCCGGUCUUGGCCGGAUUCCGGCCGACGGCGGAAUGGUGGUAUCGUGGUGGCUGUCACUGGAGUGGCUAUGUGGUUAUGGGUCAUGCUGACUCGAGGAAAGCUCUAGGUCGAACGGGCUCGCAAGCAGCCACGGCUGCGAACCGGGGUAUCUCUCUGAAGCCUACUCAGUCUAUCGGCGGACUAACACCACACCGAAGGUUGCCCGUGGCCAAAAACGGAAAGCAGUGA